CCCAUCCCUGCUCCCAUCCCCACACCUAUCCCCGCUCAAAUCCCUGCUCCCAUCCCUGCACCCAUCCCUGCUCCCAUCCCCUCUCCCAUCCCCUCUCCCAUCCCUGCUCUGCCCCACAGCCCGGCUGCAUUGCCCACCCGAAGGAUCUGA